CGGCAUGAUCCAAUUGAUUGGCCUUGUAUCAGAGCGGUUGAAUUGUGUAAUGGAAAUCGAGAUUGUCCAAAUGGUGAAGAUGAGGAACCGAACAUGUGCAUGUUUCAUUCUUUGAAUCAAGGAUCAUUGCGUCAAUUGCAGCGGGACUUUUUGAGAUUCAGUGGUGCUACACCGUCGUCAAGUACACCCUAUGAAUUCGUGAAAAUCAAGUCG